AAAAAUUAGAAAUUUCUUCUGAUUCUCAUACAUACAUAUAUUCCUCUAGAACAAAUAGUCAAGUACACACACAAACACACACCAGCACGCAUAUAGAUAGGAUUCCGAAAAAUGGGGAGAAAGAAAUUGGAGAUAAAACGAAUCGAGGAGAACGGUGCGAGAAUGGUUUGUUUUUCGAAGAGAAGAAACGGUUUGAUUAAGAAAGCUAAGGAGUUAUCUGUUCUCUGCGAUGUCGAUCUCGCCACCAUUAUCUUCUCCAACAGGGGCAAGCUUUUUGAAUACUCUAGCACUGACAGCAUAGAGCCAGUCCUUCAAAGAUAUAAAGAUGAAGCUGAAAGCUCUACAAGGUCUUCCGAGGCAAAGGGGCAGUCAAACAACUCUAUUACAAGUGAUGAGUUACUCCUAGAUGUUGAAAGGGAACUUGACGAACUAAGUGUGACGGAUCUUAUGCUUCUGCAGAAAGAAAUCGAGGCUGCAAUAAGUCAAACAAGAUCUGCUAAGACAAAGAAGAUGAUCUCUACUGUAUCAAGCCUUCGUGAAGAGGAAAAGAGCCUGGCAGAAGAAAAAAGGAGCCUGGAGGAGAUUACCGGAAAAAAUCGAAAUGCGAGGGGAAAGAAGAUGAUUGUGGAUCUCAACGUUGCUGCAGACGACCAAAUGACCGAGUAGUAGAAGUCAUUUAAAAAAACUUUUCAUUUUAUGUAUAAAAAUAACUCCGCAGCAUCUUAAUUAACAAAACACAGGUAAUAAAUAAAAAGCUGCUGCUAAACGGGAUAUCUCUCUACCUUCUGUAUUGUGACGUGAGCGAGGCUCUUGUUUCAUUCACCAUGUAAGCUAUUCUCGAGCCCUCUUCUUUAUUCAGGCUAUACUAUACUGCUGUAUUUAUUCGUGGUUUUAUAAUAAUGUAAUAUGAACUUGUUAUAAUACUCUUACUCUUCAUAGGGUUGUUUGAUAAUAGGGGGUUGAGCUUGGACUCAAUAUCAUUUAU